AUGAAAGGCAGUAAUAGAAACAAAGAUCAUUCAGCAGAAGGAGAAGGGGCUGGAAAACGACCAAAGCGGAAGUGUCUCCAGUGGCAUCCGCUACUGGCCAAGAAGCUUCUGGACUUUUCAGAAGAGGAGGAAGAGGAAGACGAAGAGGAGGAUAUUGACAAGGUUCAACUUCUUGGAGCUGAUGGCCUAGAGCAAGAUGUUGCUGAGACUGAAGAUGAUGAAUCACCAGAGCAGCGAGCCCGGAGACCAAUGAAUGCAUUUCUCUUAUUUUGCAAACGCCAUCGCUCCCUUGUACGUCAGAAACACCCCAAGCUUGAUAACCGAGGUGCUACCAAGAUACUGGCUGAUUGGUGGGCUGUUCUUGAUCCGAAGGAAAAGCAAAAAUACACAGACAUGGCCAAGGAGUAUAAAGAUGCAUUUAUGAAAGCAAAUCCUGGCUACAAAUGGUGUCCUACCACAAACAAACCUGUGAAGUCCCCAACACCCACUGUCAAUCCACGAAAGAAGCUAUGGGCCUUCCCAUCUGACUCUUCAAGAGACUUGCCAAGCCCCAAGAAAGCUAAGACUGAAGAAAUGCCUCAACUUAACUUUGGAAUGGCUGAUCCUACUCAAAUGGGAGGACUGAGUAUGCUGCUUUUAGCUGGAGAACAUGCGCUUGGCACAUCAGAGAUGUCCUCUGGCACCUGCAGGCCUGAUGUUUCAGAAUCCCCUGAAUUGCGUCAGAAGUCACCAUUAUUUCAGUUUGCUGAGAUAUCUUCAAGUACAUCCCAUCCUGAUGCUCCUUCAAAACAGUGUCAAACAUCAGCCUUGUUUCAGUUUGCAGAGAUUUCUUCAAACACUUCGCAGUUGGGUGGUGCCGAACCUGUAAGACGCUGUGGAAAGUCUGCACUCUUUCAACUAGCAGAGAUGUGCCUGGCAUCAGAGGGGAUGAAAAUGGAAGAAUCCAAGCUAAUAAAAACAAAAGAAUCAGAUGGCAGGAGAAUGAAAGAAUUGGAGAAAGGGAAGGAAGAAAGGGAGAUAAAAAUGGAGAAAACAGAUGAAGCCAGGUUACAGAAGGACGCAGAAUUUGAAAAAGCUUUUAAGGAAAAUGUAAAAGAUCCUAAGGAAUUAAGAAAUUUUGAGGAGCUGCAAAUGAAUGAUAUAAUGGCUAUAAAAAUGGAAGAUCCCAAAGAAGUUAAAAAAGAAGAAUUAGACAGAGAUCAAAAGUACAGUCACUUCUCUGAUUUUUCUUACUCUGCCAGUAGCAAGAUAAUAAUAAGUGAUGUUCCCAGUAGAAAGGAUCAUAUGUGCCAUCCUCAUGGGAUUAUGAUCAUUGAGGAUCCCACAGCAUUAAACAAGCCAGAGAAGCUAAAAAAGAAAAAGAAGAAAAGCAAAAUGGAUCGACAUGGGAAUGAUAAAUCCACACCCAAGAAGACUUGCAAAAAGAGGCAAUCCUCAGAGUCUGACAUAGAGAGUGUCAUAUACACCAUUGAAGCUGUUGCAAAGGGAGACUGGGGCAUUGAGAAACUUGGAGAGACCCCUCGCAAGAAGGCACGUGCAUCCUCAAGUGGCAAAGGAAACAUUUUGGAUGCCAAGCCACCAAAGAAAAAAGUGAAAUCAAGAGAGAAGAAAAUGUCAAAGGAGAAAUCCUCAGACACCACCAAAGAGUCAAGACCUCCAGAUUUCUUAAGUAUUUCUGCCAGCAAGAACAUUUCUGGUGAGGUGCCAGAGGGUAUAAAAGCAGAACCAUUGACCCCCACGGAGGACACAUUACCACCCAGCUUAUCAGGACAUGCCAAGCCUGAGGAUAGUGAAUGUCACAGAAAAAUAGAAGCCUGUGGUUCCCGGAAAUCCGAGAGGUCUUGCAAAGGUGCUCUUUAUAAAACCCUGGUGUCUGAGGGCAUGCUCACCUCUCUGAGAGCUAAUGUUGACAGAGGGAAACGAAGCUCAGGAAAAGGAAACUCCUCUGAUCAUGAAGGCUGUUGGAAUGAAGAAAGCUGGACCUUUAGCCCAUGUGGGACCAGUGGGAGCAAGAAGUUCAAGAAGACAAAGCCAAAGGAAGACUCUCUCCUCGGCUCAGCAAAGCUGGAUGAAGAAUUUGAAAAAAAAUUCAACAGCCUUCCUCAAUAUAGUCCUGUUACAUUUGACCGGAAAUGUGUACCUGUUCCAAGAAAAAAGAAGAAGACUGGAAGCAUGUCCUCAGAACUGACUAAAACCAGCAAAGGAAGUGGGGAUAAAUGGUCAAACAAGCAAUUCUUCUUGGAUGCCAUUCACCCUACAGAAGCCAUAUUUACAGAAGACAAAAACACCACAGAGCCUGCUCAUAAGGUUAAAAAUGCCCCAUCCAUUCCCAACACUCCAGAGCCAACAGCAACGCAAGAACCCCUGGUGGGCAGCCAAAAGAGAAAAGCAAGGAAAACCAAGAUCACACACCUGGUCAGGACAGCAGAUGGCCGGGUGUCACCAGCAGGAGGCACUUUGGAUGACAAACCAAAGGAACUGCAGAGGGGUUUCCCUAAAGUCCCUGAGUCAGGCUGCCAUGACGCGUGCGCACACAGCAGCGAGGCCCUGGAGACACGAAGCAGCACCCCCGAGAUGCCCGCCGUGUCUGCGUUUUUCAGUCUGGCUGCGCUGGCUGAAGUGGCCGCCAUGGAAAACGUGCACAGAGGUCAGAGGUCAACUCCCCUCACCCACGAUGGACAGCCAAAAGAAAUGCCACAGGCUCCUGUACUUAUUUCCUGCGCUGACCAGUGA